AUGUUUCUUCUUUCCAAACACUAUUACGAAUUGUUUAUGAAUAGUGAGGUGCUGUUCCACAAACUUUGUCUUGUAUUUUGUAAGGUCAAUGAUAUUCCGUUGCAAGUGAUUGAUCAUCAAAUGAAAUUACUAUUGAAUGAAGGUGAUGAUCGUUCCGCAUCCAUCCUUCAAUGCUCCUCUGACACUUCUCAUCCCCACAACAGAGAUCAUCUUUCACGAAAAUAUUUACAAGUCUUUAAAUGUUUAAUUCGAAACCAUGGUUACUCGUGGGACACGGAAUACAGCUAUUACAAGGCAGAAAAGUAUUCAAAUAUUUAUACGUGCAAUGAACGAACUUUGUGUGUUCUGGAAAAGCCAUUACAUGGAGAGUUUAUCACGGUAAAAGCUCGAAAAUUAUUGAACCCUGGUCAUUUCUAUUCAUGGAGAUAUGAUCUUGAAUUAUACAAUCCAACAGAAGUUUCGAAUAGUUUCAAAAUCAUGCUUGGUGUGGAGUCUCUCGAUUUCUUUCCAUUCAAUUCUCAAACGAGUGGAGAUGUCGUUGGGUGGCAAUCGAAUUCAAAAGGAUGUGCUUUAAUUAUUGGAGCCAAAGAAGUCAUACGAAGUGCAUGUGCAUCCACAAAAGAUUCCAUCUUGCACCUUCCAUCAUGCCCUAAAACAUUCAAAACAGGUGAUUCCAUUAUUGUGGAAUUUGAUUUUCGUGUGAAAGAUGUAAAAGAUCAAGAGGUCGAAGCAUAUCGAGAAACAAAAAGAUCAAAAUAUUUCUUCUCCAGAAUCACUUCUAAAAACAAGGUUCAAUUUGGAAAGAUUAGAUUUUACUUAUUGUUGAGAAAUGAAGAACUCGAGUCAUCGUCAUUGCAUCACGAGAUGAUGCAACAAGAGCUUCAUCCCUUAACCGAUUGGCUGGAAUUUGGUGACCCUCGUUUUGCUCCCUAUGUUCCUGCAUGCAGUUUGAAUAAGAUGCAAAGUGUUUCUAUUCUUCCCCGUUAUUAA